AGGAUCUGGACUUCACUGACAGCCGGAUAUUGAUGGGCGGGGCCUCAGAUUGCCAGUAACCAAGAUGGCGCAGCACACAGAUGCAUCUCUGGGUGAUGGUGACUUUGAGGACGUCCCGGAUCUGUCAGACGGUGAGGAUGAUGGAGCCUGGGAUGAUGAUGAGGAUGAUGGUGGUGCUGGUCUGGAGGUCCGCUGUCUGUUCUGUGACAGGACACACUCGUCUCCAGAAGAGAUCUUCACUCACUGCCGGGCCCAGCACCAGUUUGACAUCCAGCAGAUCAUUUCCCGGCACGGUCUUGACUUUUACGGAUACGUUAAACUCAUCAACUUCAUCAGAUCUACAAGCUGCGCCGCGGAGAGUCUGACUGAGGUCCCCGACCCCAAACCCUGGGAUAAGGAAGAAUACUUCAGGCCGGUCAUCCCGGACGAUGGACUACUUCAGUACGAUUUUGAAGAUAUGGACCAUGACAACGAGAAGUCCUCAAACGCCAAAACGGGCGCUGAACUAUCGUUCCAGGAGCGGUUAAAGCAGGCGGAGAGCCGGGUGCUGGAAACGGAGGAAACCCUGGCCAACGUCCUCCAGGAGCUUAAUGGGAUGAGACAACUUGCGCAGGAUUUUGUGAUGAACGCAGAUGUCAGAUGUGGUUCGUCUUCCGCUGGGCCCAUCGCAGACCUGGAUGAGAAUGAGGACGGCGCCUACUUCGGCUCCUACGGGCACUUCGGGAUACAUGAAGAGAUGUUAAAGGAUGCAGUGCGGACAGAAAGCUACAGGAACUUCACGUACCAGAAUCCUGAUCUAUUUAAAGACAAGGUGGUUCUUGACGUUGGCUGCGGUACUGGAAUUCUAUCAAUGUUUGCCGCAAAGGCUGGCGCCAAAAAAGUGUACGGAGUCGAUCAGUCAGAGAUCAUCUACCAGGCGAUGGACAUUAUCCGCCUGAAUAAGUUAGAAGAUAGAAUCUCUCUGAUUAAAGGGAGAAUAGAAGAGAUCGAUUUACCGGUGGAGAAGGUGGAUAUAAUUAUUUCGGAAUGGAUGGGUUACUUCCUGCUGUUCGAGUCGAUGCUGGAUUCCGUUAUUUAUGCAAAGGACAAGUAUCUGAACGCCGGAGGAGCAGUGUAUCCAGACCGCUGUAACAUCAGCAUUGUGGCUCUGUAUGAUGCCGAGAAGCACACCGGAAAGCUGGCCUUCUGGGACGACGUCUAUGGGUUUAAUAUGUCGUGUAUGAAGAAAGCCGUCUUACCAGAGGCCAUAGUGGAGGUUGUCAAUCCGGACACCAUUAUCUCCGAGCCAGUUAUUAUAAAGGACAUUAACUGUCUGACGGCCGCGGUGAAGGAUUUGGAUUUUUGCACAGAUUUCUCCCUGCCAAUAUCAAGGGACGGGGCGUGCACGGCCAUCGCCGGAUAUUUUGACAUGUUCUUCAAGAAGGAUUGUCAUACCCCAGUGUCGUUCUCCACCAGCCCCACAUGCACCAGGACCCACUGGAAGCAGACCGUCUUCCUUCUGGAGAAGCCGCUGACUGUCAAUGCAGGUAAAACUCUGGACGGCAAGAUAACCGUGCGCAAGAACAGGAAGGACCCCCGCUCUCUCCUUAUAACCCUGUCUGUAGCUAGCAUCACCCAGACCUACACUCUGCAGUAAUGGAGGGGGUCACUGUGGGGGCAUUCAGCACUUCUUCUUUUUCUAUCCUUUGGAAUAAAGUCAUUUAAAAAAUAAAAAUAAAAAAAGUUACUUGCGGUUGUCGACUGCAGUCCGUCUCAGAAUUUGGGACUGAUACACGGCGCAGGCAGACAUUGUGUAAGAGACCACUGACUGAUUUCAUGGCUUGUGUUUUCAUCUAUUUAUCUGACCGCUCGGCAAAAGGUUUCAAGGUUUGGCUUCAUGUUUUUAUUGCCAUUUGAGUACAAAAUCAUUGAUCCCAAAUUCACGCUCUUAAAGAAGACCUCUCGCCUCUCCUGACAUGUAAUACCAAUUCUGGAACGUCUAUUCUCAUGACUCUGUGUUGUACCAGUCCAUUGUGAUUUCCACUAAAACUUAUGAAUGAAUUGCCAGCAGUUUGUAGUAAAGGUACAGAUGGGUGUUACCCGUUGGGGGGUUGUUCCUGCACAGUGUGACCGCAGCAGCACUGAUUGGACAGU